AUGGUCCGCCACAAGAAGGACAAGUUCGCCUCGCGCGGCCGCCCCCACGGACCCCCCCGAAACCGACCCCGCGGCGACAACCUCGACGGCGAGGACGACGACCCGACUCGCGCGCGCCCGACCUUGAAAGCCGCCUGCUGGGACCUCGGCCACUGCGACCCGAAACGCUGCUCCGGCAAGCGCCUCAUCCGCCAGGGCCUCAUGCGCGACCUGCACCUCGGCCAGCGCUUCAACGGCGUCAUCAUCACGCCCAACGGCAAGCAUGUCGUCUCGCCGCGCGACAGCGACCUGCUGCACGCCCACGGCGCCGCCGUCGUCGAGUGCAGCUGGGCCCGCACCCACGAGGUCCAGUGGGGCAAGGUCGGCGGCAAGUGCGAGCGCCUGCUGCCCUACCUCGUCGCCGCCAACACGGUCAACUACGGCAAGCCGUGGCGUCUCAACUGCGCCGAGGCCCUGGCCGCUGCCUUUUACAUCUGCGGCAAGCCCGACUGGGCCGAGCAGGUCCUCGCCCCCUUCUCCUACGGCGCCUCCUUUCUCGAGAUUAACGGCAGUCUGCUGAAGCGCUAUGCCGCCUGCGAGAACGAGCGGGCCGUGAAGCAGGUCGAGGACGACUGGAUGGCGAGGCUCGAGAAGGAGUACGCCGACAGCCGCGAGGACGGCGACGAUGUCUGGGCCGGCGGCAACGUCAACCGGCGGGCGCUCAUUCCUUCGGACGAGGAGGAGGAGGAGGACGACGACGACGGUGAUGAGUCGGCUGAUGGCAAGAAGAGGGCAGAUGACGACGACGAUGACGAGAUGGAUGGCAUAUACCUGGGCCACAAUGGCGCGACGAAAGCCGCGAAGAAGAACAAGGCAAAUCAAACAGACGACGACGACGACGACGACGACGACGAGAGAGACCCCUACGCCUUGUCCGACGACAGCGACGAAGACGCAGCCAUGGAGGAGAUCCGGCGCAAGGUGCUCGCCUCCAAAACAUUCGCCAAUCCCCAGGCAUCCGAAAAGAAGAAACCCGACACGAUCGCGAGGCCGCAGCAGCUGAAACCCGACUCGGAUAUCGAGCCGGACAGCGACAAUGGCGAGGACGACGACGACUUUGACAACAUUAUCAACGCGACGCCUGUAACGGACAGGAUAGGGCUUGCCAAGUUGGAGAAGGAGCGCUCACAGGCCACUGUGACGAGCAGGACGUACUCGACGAACGUGACAUCAGCGCCGGGCCGGUGGUAG